UUCUUGCUGGGCUCGUGCGGCUCGCGGGUGGGGAGCGCGCCCGUUAAGAAGCCCGGCCCGUUUCGAUGGCACACAGAUCAUCGCCGCUCUUCUCGUCUUGUCCCCUUCCUCAUCUCCUCGUGUUCUCAGUCACUUCGUCCCCUCUCUGCCUCAGUGUCUGGCUUCUCCUCUUCCUGCUCUUUUUUCUUUGCUAGAUCUGCUGACUAAGGUGCUUCUGUGUGGUUAUCUAUGUUGUUUGCAGGACUUUCCAAUCGGGCGGUUUGGCUGCUGUAGGAUUGCCUUGGCUGCAUACCAUCCUUUUCCAGGCAAAAAGGGUCGAGCUGAAGACAAGGCAUGAUACACCAGAUGUGAGCAACCUUCAGAAGUGUUGCAUGCUUUUAUGCUUGGAUUUGACAUUGCCGAUGCCGUUGCCUUACUUCGUCUUGAUGACCUGUAUGUGGACUCCUUCGAGAUCAAGGAUGUGAAGACACUCAGAGGGGAGCUUCUGUCACGUGCCAUUUCGCGCCUAUCAGGGAAAGGAGGCAAGACCAAGAUUUACCACUCGGCGGAUUUCGUUGCUGAUGGAUUGCCAUUGCUGCAUCUCCUUUUUUUGCCGCUAUGGUUUGCCCUGUUUGUCGUUGUCUGGGUGCCCCUUGUGUACCAUUGGCGCCAGAUCAUGAAGUCCCUGAAGUUUUUGAUGUUGUCCUUGAUGAGGAUUGCUUCAGGAGAAUGGCAAUCUUCCUCUGCAUCACUUUCAUUCUCACCACUACUGCAAUCCAGAUGCUAAAUGCAGAUGUCCAGAAUCAACCAGAAGCUAACAUGAAGACUGAUUAAAGGAAGAGGUGGUGGGGAUCAUCUUUUACCUUGCAAAUUCAUGAAGCAGGUUCUUCUCCAGGUUUAUAUCUUCUCGAGUUUUGAUCUUCUUCUAGACAGAUCUGUCAUUCUAGAAUGAUAUGACGGCUCAUCCAUUUUUUUGGAUUGUUCUGCUGUUGUGGAUCUAAGGGCGUUUGGUGGAGAAGGACUUUGCAAGGAAGAAAUUUAGCACAAGAUCUAUAGAGAGUUCAAAAGAGAUAAACACAUCUCAGGUUUGUUUCGGCGUCCAUGGCGGCGGCUGAGUCUUUGCGGUGUCGGGGAUGAAAGUGGAGGAAGAAGACCUAGUGGCUCUGCGCGUUAGGUGGAUUCUGUAUAGUGGGUUUGUCUCUUAGCGGGUUCAGGCCCGUUUUAGUUUUUGGCUGAUGACUGAAGGCAGAAAUAUAAAGUCAGAACUCUUUUUUCAGCCCGUUUGACUGCUGGCCUUUUUCGACUGACCACAACUUUGGGUCAGUUAAUUUGUUCUGAAUAGUUAUGUUUCCUUACCUUCUACAAA